CUGCAUAAAGGGGCGGGCGGCGAGGCUGCACCAGCGCCUGGCACCAUGCGGACGCCUGGGCCUCUGCCUGUGCUGCUGCUGCUCCUGGCGGGAAUCCCCGCCGCGCGGCCCACUCCCCCGACUUGCUACUCCCGCAUGCGGGCCCUGAGCCAGGAGAUCACCCGCGACUUCCAGCUCCUGCAGGUCUCGGAGCCCUCGGAGCCGUGUGUGAGAUACCUGCCCAGGCUGUACCUGGACAUACACCCCCCUCCCCAUUGCCCACUCCCAGAAUUACUGUGUGCUGGACAAGCUGCGGGACUUUGUGGCCUCGCCCCCAUGUUGGAAAGUGGCCCAGGUGGAUUCCUUGAAGGACAAAGCACGGAAGCUGUACACCAUCAUGAACUCAUUCUGCAGGAGAGAUUUGGUAUUCCUGUUGGAUGACUGCAAUGCCUUGGAAUACCCAAUCCCAGUGACUACGGUCCUGCCAGAUCGUCAGCGCUAAGGGAACUCAGACCAGAGAAAGAACUCAAGAGAACUGAAGUUAUGUCGGCUACCCAGAGUUAAUGGGCCAGAGCCAUGACCCUCACAGGUCUUGUGUUAGUUGUGUCUGAAACUGUUAUGUAUCUCUCUACCUUCUGGAAAACAGGGCUGGUAUUCCUACCCAGGAACCUCCUUUGAGCAUAGAGUUAGCAACCAUGCUUCUCAUUCCCUUGACUCAUGUCUUGCCAGGAUGGUUAGAUACACAGCAUGUUGAUUUCGUCACUAAAAAGAAGAAAAGGACUAACAAGCUUCACUUUUAUGAACAACUAUCUUGAGAACAUGCACAAUAGUAUGUUUUUAUUACUGGUUUAAUGGAGUAAUGGUACUUUUAUUCUUUCUUGAUAGAAACCUGCUUACAUUUAACCAAGUUUCUAUUAUGCCUUUUUCUAACACAAACUUUCUUCACUUUCUUUCAUUUAAAAAGAAAUUAGUGCUCUUAAGAUAUAUUUGCAAGUAUUUUACGUAGUGCUGACAGGACCCACUCUUUCAUUGAAAGGUGAUGAAAAUCAAAUAAAGAAUCUCUUCACAAUGAGAAA